AUGCCGCGCUUGAUGCUCUUCUUCUGCAUCGCGCUCAUUGCGAACCAAGGAAUCGCUCUUCACCAACCGGUCUACGAUCAAGAUGACGACAUCAACGUCGUUCAAAGCGCCGGAGGCUUCCACCUCGUCAACGAGGACCGCGUCAUCAGCGUCGAACCAGUCGAGGCUCGUCUCAGCUUCGAGAGACUUCGUGCUCUUCCGAUCAUGAAGAAGUCCAUCGCCAUCGGACGCGCCGGAUUCCGUCCAGGAAAACGCACCGUCGACAUCUACGACUUCUAA